UCUUAGACGCAACUCCAAUGCAUCCAAAUCUCCAGUCUGUUGCCAACCCUUUUGUCUCUCUCUCUCGUCUUCGAUGAAACCACGCUUCUUCUUCCUUCUCUUGAAAUCAAUUCCUCCUUCCUCCGGCAUCAAAACCCCUUUCCUUUGAAGCCCAAACUCUCAUCUACUCCUUGUUCUCCGAUUUCUCUACAAGAAUUCCAGUCUUUAGCCGUCGCCAAAUCCCACCUGUCGGCAAUGCCGGUCCUCAAAAUUCGAUCUUGUCUCUUCCUCCUCCUGAUCUCCGCGCUCGCCCUCGAGGCUUCGGUUUCCGAGACUCCCUCCGCCUACGAGAUGCUGGAGAAGUUCGAUUUCCCCAAGGGAAUCCUCCCCGAGGGCGUGAAGAGCUACAUAUUGAACGGGGAUGGGGGCUUCGAGGUGUACCUCAGCGGGAAUUGCGAGUUCAAGGUGGAGGGAGGGUACAUACUCAAGUACGACCGGAAGAUCACCGGGAAGGUAAAGUCGGGAUCGCUGAUGGACUUGAAGGGGGUGAGCGUCAAGGUCUUGUUCGCCUGGUUCGGCAUCAACGAGGUGGUGAGGAACGACUACGAUAUCAGCUUCUACGUCGGUCCCCUCUCCGCCUCCUUCCCCGUCUCCAACUUCGAUGAGUGCCCGCGAUGCAGCUGCGGCUUCGACUGCGCCACCGCCCUGCCCAUGGUGUCGUAAGCCUGCGGCUUCUUCUUGGGUAGUUAUCUUCUCCUCUUCCUUCUUAUGGAUGUUAGUUCAAGAUCUUUUGGGGUGAGUGUGUUGAAGGGAAUAAGUUUCUGUAAGAUUAUGAAUUAGACCAAAAUCUUUUUGAUCCCAAAAUUCAAUGGCAUCAAUAAUUAUUUAGUGUCGCAAACUUUUGCGAUUCCUCAAUAACAAACCCUAAUUUCUCAA